AUCCUCCGCCAUUUGCGAAAGAAAGGCCGAUCGCUGCUCUGCAGCGCGAGUGUCAUCGGGUUGACUAUGUCGAGUGUUUAAAAAAAUUGUUAUUUUCGAAAAAACUUGUGAACUCAGUGCUGUCAUUUAAACAGUUAAAAUGAUUGUGAGAUUUUUGGGCAUUCUGUGCUUUGGAGUUUUGGUGGCUUCGGCACACAACGGCGAGGGAAACAACGACAAUGAAGACAUUCCAUAUUUAGAGCUGGCUGAACCAGACGAAGGCUACCAUGGGCUGAUCCGGGAGAAUGAGACGCUAGUGGAGGUGACGCCGGCCAUUCGCGCCCGGGGUCCUCUCUGCUCGUUCCUCAUCUUGAACAACAAACACCAUGGAGAAGCGCCAUUUGAGAUAAUGGUGAUUGACGAGAACGAGGCGCGUCUGCGCGUGCGCUACCCGCUCAACUGCGAGAAGCGACGCAACUACAAGUUCGACAUCGCCGCCGUGGGCUGCGACGGUUCCUACUCUAACACUGUACCAGUCCACAUAACAGUGACAGACGUGAACGAAUUCGCGCCCGUGUUCAGCCAAGCGGCGUACGUCCGCUCCGUGGACGAAGGCAAGCUGUACGACGAGGUUGUUCGCGUGGAGGCGACGGACCGCGACUGCACUCCGAGAUACGGCGACGUCUGCAAAUACGAGAUUUUGAACGACGGGGACCGGAGCCAGCCCUUUACGAUCGAUAACGAGGGUGUGAUCCGCAACACAGAGCCGCUUGAGUACGACAAAUCACACAACCACAUCCUGUCGGUGACAGCGUACGACUGCGGCAUGAUGCAGUCCGCGCCCGUGAUGGUCACCAUCAAGGUCAACAAACCUUGCCGCGCUGGUUGGAAGGGUCUCGCGGAACGCGUCGACUACGCCCCCGGUACCGGCCCCCUAGCCCUCUUCCCCGCAGCGAGACUAGAGGCCUGCUCCAGUGAUGAAAGAUGCCCCGGAGUCACGCGUAUCCAGGCUGCUGUGACCCUGCAGGCUUCUCGCGCUGGAGUCGCUUGUGACCGCGACACUUACACCUUGCACUCACAACGGACUAUAUGCGGUUUGGACUCGAAGACAGUAGAUCUGCUCCCGAGCCCCGGCGUGGGUAACGAAUGGGCCAAGUCUCUGAAACCGGAUUCAGGGCGAGACGGCGAGCAAAUGUUCGAAUUCGACGGCGAAUCGACAUCAGCAAUUGUACCAGAGUCGAUCCUGAAGCAUUCUCUCGGAAGCACCUUCUCGGUGUCGACGUGGAUGCGCCACGCCCCGCCCCCCGACCACGACAAGCACCGGAAGGAGCACGUGCUUUGCUUAGCUGAUGACCACAAAAUGAACCGACACCACUACGCAUUAUUCGUCCGGAACUGCCGCCUGAUCCUUCUCCUGCGGAGGGACUUCGGAGAGGGAGAUCUGAACAUCUUCAGACCCGCCGAAUGGCGCUGGAAGCUGCCCGAGGUAUGCGACAACGAGUGGCACCACUACGCCGUGAACGUGCGCUUCCCGAACGUGGAACUGUUCGUCGACGGCGAGCCCUACCGCUCGCCCGACGGCAAGGGCCCGGAGGUGAUCGACGACUGGCCCCUCCACCCGGCGCACGGCGUCAACACCACCCUGGUCGUCGGGGCCUGCUGGCAGGGUACGGAGAGCGACAUGAAGCACCACCUGCGCGGCUGGCUGGCGGGGCUGGGCGUGCGCGCGGGCGGCGUGCAGGCGGCGCCGGCGCUGCGCUGCGCCGCGCGCUGCCGCGAGGGGCUGUCGCUGGCGCCCGACCUGUACCUGCGCUCCGUGGCCGUGGAGGGCGACGGCGCGGCCGAGGUGGAGACGCUGGUGCGCCGCGUGGCCUACGGGGACGCGCGCGCCUUCCCCACGCCGGGCCGCCGCAACGUGCACCUCGCCACCACCAUCACCUGCGACAACGGCCGCGUGAUCAAGGCUCGUCCGGCGGAGUCCUACGUGAUGGUGCUGGCUCCCCAGACGCCCACGAUCCUGCUGAACGGUAGCUCGGACGCCGCUCGCGACUACGCCCACUUCCGGGCCGGUCUGCCCGUCUUCCCGGAUCUGAGGGUGCAGGUCCUCGCCAGGUCCGGCGACAACGUUAGAGAAGCGGAGAGCCAGAAGUUGGACUCGUGCGUGGUGUCGGUGUACCCGGCGCUGAACCCCGACCACGAGUCGCUGUCGCUGCGCGGCGCCGGCCCCGACGCGCCCCCCGUGGGGGACGUGCGCGCCACCCUCACCAGGGACGGCGUCAGCCUUUCCGGCGCCGACUCCGUGCACAACUACCAGCAGAUUCUACGUGAGAUCGAGUACAGCAACAAGAAGCCCGCCUACUAUCUCAACCGCGUCUUCAAGCUGACCUGCUCCGAGCUCAACGGACGAUUCACCAGCAACGAAUACGUGCAGACCCUGACCGUCGUGCACCCGCGCGCGGCCGGAGAUGCGCACGCGCAGCGCCCCUCCGGCCUGGCGGACAAACUGGACGUCGCGAGGGACAAGGUGAGCGGGGACGAUCAGUGGAGACACUUGUCGACAUUUAAAACGAAACCGAUCGGAUCAGUGAGUACUGACGCCGCGCUCGCUCCCCAGCCGGCGGCCGAGGCGGCGGCCGAGCUGGCGCCGCGCGCCUUCGCCGCGCACGCGCUGCGCUCGGCGCACGCGGCCGAGCUGCCCGCCGCGCGCCUGCUCGACCUGCACCCGCGCGACCGCGCCUCCAACAACGUGGCCGUGCUGAUGGGCGCCGUGUGCGUGGGCGCCGUGGUGGUGCUGGCGGCGCUGGGCGUGGCGCGCGCGAGGGCCCGGCCGGGCCGCGCGGCGCGCCCGCGGGCCCCCCGCGCGCCGCACGACGGCGAGAUGGCGUGGGACGACUCGGCGCUCACCAUCACCGUGAACCCCAUGGAGGAGACGCCGGCGCGCGCGGCGGGCCCGGCGCCGGCCGACAGCUCGGACGGCGAGUCCUGCUCCGAGUCCGACUCCGAACACAACGACUCCUCGGACGAGGACGAAGAAGUGGUGGCAGGCAAGCAGCACAAGUACAGGAACAUCAGCCAGCUGGAGUGGGAUAACAGCACGAUGUAAUGCGCCCGCCGAUCGCACUCCCCCUCUCCCUCUCGCCCGCGCACGCUCUCGCUCGCACCCGCACCCGACCGCCGCCCCGGCCCGCCCGGAGGCCGGCCCGGCCGCCCGGCCCGGCCCCGCCGAUGUAAUAUACCGCGAGACUCGGCGGCGGUCGCGUCCGAGUCGCCGCGAGGCCUCUCUUAGCACUCUUUUAUAAUGGAAUUGAUUUCGUAGGCAAAUCGAACACAGAAUUUUCUAAACGCAGAACGUAUUAUCUAAAUCUAUUAAGGAAAGGCACAAAUUAGUUAAUUUCGAGCGCACAUUUGACCGACAUCUGUCCCGACGAAAGUGAACUCUGUCGGCGAGGCGCGAGGUCCGCGUGCAGUCGCAGGGUGACCGUGGGUGUAUCGUAACUUGUAAGUAAGUCUCAAAAUUGAUCAUAUCAAGUUUAUACGUAAAUACGAUUCCCUCGCUUGCUUCCGUAGACUCUCCGGAGUCGCUGGACUCUGGUACUCUGGUACUCUGACCGUACCCAUGUAUCGAGCAGUAGUCGAUGUAUCGCAUGGAGUCGUAAGAGGAUUUUAGUGUUAAGCGAUGAAAUACUAUGUAUUAUAUAUCUAAUGUAAGACGCUUCGCCCGAUCGUUUCAUUCAAACGCAGUUUCGACGGAUAUCCGCCCCGCCAUGUUAAGUUAAUGCAUUUAUUUAGUACAACACGGACAGACAGACCGAGGUCUGCACAUUCGAGUAACGGUACAAACACUUCGCUGUAGAAUAAUGUUUCAUGAUAACGGAUUGUCCACUCUCCCUUUACGAGCUUCUCGAACGAAUCGGCUUAAAUGUAUAUUAGGCACAGAGUUAUUUGAAAACAAAUAGAUGUACUAUAACUAUACACCUACUUAUACCGACGACGUCGUUAGGAUCAGCUACUAUAUUGUAUAACUACAUAUAAUUAUAUAUAUAUUUUGAAUGCGUUAAGGGAUUUUUACUAACAAUUAGGUACUAAGUGGCUACGUGUUAGUGUCGCGGGGAGCCCCUAGCGUAAGAGUAGAUAAGUUUCGUCCUUCGUUUCGGCCCGGGUCGUCCGUCUCCGUCGCACGCGAGGGCCCGCAUCGCUCCGUCUCCCUCGGGGGUUUGCAUAUCAGGAUAGUUUGCCAUAUUAGAAUAGAGUCCGACUGUAUGUACGUCUGUACGACCACUGAGCAAUCUUUGUGACAUAAUCAUUGGUGUAUCCGUCUCUAGUUGACGUCGAGUGUU